AUGUCUCUCCGAAAGCCCGCCAAAUCCCGGAAGGCCAUGAAAGGUCGGAAGCGCGAGGUCGAGGGAGUCAUCCCUAUAACUCGCUUCUUGAUUAACAUCGAUAAGCUGGAUUCGGCCCCUUUGUACAGCCCGCGUACCCAACGAUUCGUACCCAUCCCUAGCAAUCUUCUUAAUAGGCACGAUUUCUUUCUGCAAAGCAUCCGGACCUCCGACGCAGUGGAAACAUGGGCUAAUGCGUUUGUAGCGCUGCAGAGGAUGGCGAACUCUUCUGCGAAUGGCGGACACGUGGACCAAUCUGAUCAUUUGGCGCUGCUUCCUCCCAAUGUUCGUAAGAAGGGCAGGCCAACGCUAGUUCUUGAUCUCGAUGCGACCUUAUUCUAUACGUCUGCGGAGCUUCUGAAUACGCCCUUGGACUACUUCGACAUGGGAGAAGAGUCCACAUACCGUUAUCUCUAUCUGCGACCAUAUGCGUUGGACUUCCUUGGGUGGGCCUCGACUGUCUUUGAGGUUAUCAUUUGGACCGCAGCAAUGGAAUCAUACGCAGAGCCGAGAAUCAGAGCUACUGAGAUAGAUCGUUACGCAGAUGUUGUCCUGUACAGAGGUGCAUGCGACAUGAUAGAUGGCUCCCUGGUAAAGAACCUGGCUAAGCUGGGGCGCCCCCUGUCAGAUAUGAUCAUUGUAGAUGACAAUCCGGUUUCCUAUGCUCUGAAUGUGGAACUAGCCUAUCCUAUACCCCCCUUCAGCGGCGAAGAAGAUGAUCUAGAGCUUCUUCGGCUUGUUCCGAUCCUUCGCAAGGUGCUAGAGCUGUCCUCGCUGAAGCGAGGAAUAUACAAGACUAUCUUCAGCGGGUCAUCGAUGCAUCGAGCACUCGAGACUAUCGGACAGUAUACUUAUGCUUCUGGUCUCUAA